UAUGGAGACUCAGUGAUCGCAUUAUUAUUAUUCAUCAGUGAGUGCUAUUCCCUGCGCAUCUGGACAAAAAAGAUCACUGACGAUUUUGAGAAAAGAAACUAUACGAUGCGGUCGCGGUACAAACGACUCAUAUGGAGUAUGCUGACGCUGUGUGCAGUUCAAGGAACGCGGGAAUCCCGUCCCACGGUUACGAGUCAGCCGUUGAUAAGCGGGCCGUCUCUGAGUCCAGUGUACAGACCGUCAGACGCCGUAAAGCCGAUCCGCCAAGGACAAAGCGGGACCAUUGUUUUCACACAAGAACGUACGCUAUCCCGAGUGGCGCCCACGUUGUCGCCGUCGCUGGUCGAGGAACCGAGCGCACAGGACCGAACUCUCGAUUCGUCGCCGGAAAUGGAAAGCCUUGUUGACGUUUCCGCGGUUCACCGUAACGACAUUCACGAAGUUCCCCAGAUCUGCAACCGAACCUGCUAUCGAUCGAAGAAGGAAGGCAAAAGUCUAUCACAUCUCGAGGAUAAGUUCGUGCGGAUGGAUCACUGCUCGUGCGAUCACGAGUGCGGCUCGUUCGGCGAUUGCUGUCCGGACGUCGUUGCCGCAAAAGACAAACAGGACUGGCAGUGCUUCGAAACGUCCGGGAAGGGAUUCUGGGCGAAACAGACGUGUCUCCGCACUUGGAACGGAGACGCAAACAUAAUUUCCGGCUGCGAAGACGGGGAAAUCGGUGACCUCUCCGACCCCUUGAAAAGAGCACCCGUAACUUCGACGGCGUCGAAUCUCACUUAUCGUAACAUGCUUUGUGCAAUCUGCAACGACGAUGCCGAAUCAAUCCUCGUCUGGACAGUCCGCCUCGAACCUAACUUCGAUGUCAAUUCGGCAUCGGUCGAGAUGACAGGCAACCAACCCGUGCCGGAAGUGAGCCCGGAUUUACAUACAAUGCGUUUCUCUAAACAAAGAAACGCAUGGUUGAUCGCCGGGCGCGAAUACAGGACAUCGUACGUCUUCCCGCGAAUCAACGAAACAGUCGUGGCUCCCCCGCCUUGCGUUCCUGUCAUAGAAACCUGUCGUCAGCAAUUCGAAGGCAGCGAAUUGGAAAGACAGUGCCAGAAUUAUCAUUCGGCGGUCAGCACUCCGUUCACGAGCUACAAGAACCUCCACUGCGCUUUGUGCAACGGGGAGAGUCCCCGGAACCUGACGUGUGGUUUUACUUCGAAUUACGAUUUGGAAGCGAGGAUCCUAAGCGGCUUCGCCAUCUUGCUGGAUUUCUCGGGCGACGGGAAAGUUGCUUGGAAAAAGCCCUGCGCCGACCGAUCGCAGAUCUACGAUCCGUUCCACAAAAAAUGUCGCGACAUCAUUUGCGACCGGCCUAACUACAUCUAUCGCAAUAAGCGCUGCGUAUCGAAGAACCAACCGGUCGUUGACGAUGACUCCGAGCUGUUUGCCUCUAGCACCGAUCAGCCGCUGAAUUCCACACAAAUGGUUUAUUCGCGGAAAUUCCUGGAAUGUCCGCAGACAUUCCUCAACAGAGAUGAAUUUUCUCUCAUGAAAAACAGUUCGAUUUUCGUCGAGAGGUACAACGCCACCUUCAAACCAGGCAAUUAUCUCCUCACGGAAUCGGGAGCCUACAUCUGCCUUUAUCUGCUCAAUUUGACAGCGGAUGAGCUGCCGAAAUUUUCCCUCUAUAUGGGUUAUAUCUCCGCGGUCGGUCUGGGGAUUUCCAUAGCUUGUCUCCUCCUCCAUUUGUCGGUCUUCAUUAUCUUGCCCGAAAUGAGGAAUCUUUCCGGGAAGAACCUUGCGAGCCUGUCGGCAUCGCUCCUCGUAGCCUACGCUUCUUUCAUCUCCGGUCAAGUCGACGAUUCCGUAGCCGGUACACCGACCUGUAGGGGGAUCGCCCUGGUGACCUACGCUGCGUUCCUGGCCUCCUUCUUCUGGAUGAAUUCCAUGUCUUUCGACGUGUGGCGGACUCUCAGGAUGGCGACCAAGGAACUCAGAGUCACCACCGGGCCGCAGUGGAAACGAUUCAUUUUCUACAGUAUCUACUCGUGGGGAAUGACGGCCUUCAUCGUGGGACUUUCUGUGGUCUUGGAACAUGAUUCGAACAUACUGCCCUCCGAAUAUCGACCUGCUUUCGGAAAGUACUCGUGCUGGUUCGGUCAUCGGAAAGCGCUACUGGUGUUCUUCGUCGCGCCCACAGGCGUUAUAAUGCUGCUGAACAUAUUAUUCUUUAUCAUGACCGCUGUGAUGAUCCUCUCGUCGUCCGCGAGCUCCGCUGCCAUCGUGCGAGACCCCUGCAGUUCUGUGAGAACAAACUACAGACUGUACUCAAGAUUGGCCAUCAUGAUGGGAUUGGUGUGGUGCACAGGCUUCGUCGCCGGUUAUUUGGACAAUGAGGUCAUAUGGUACAUAUUCAUCGUAUUGAACACACUGCAAGGAUUGUUCAUCUUCAUUGCAUUCUCAUGCACCAAGAAAGUCAUGUGGUUCUGCAAAGACCGACUUCCUGACUUCCUCAAACCUUCAAUAUACAGGCAAGUUCUCCGACAGUAUAACGGGGCCUCAAACGGAUUCGUUCUCUUGAAUGAGCCAGAAUUGGCCAUCCCGGAUCACAUCGCGGCGGAUUCUGCGCUUUCCGCGAUGUGGACAAUUUCAAUCUCGUUCCGCUUUCUCUGUUCGUGGAAUUCUGGAGGUAGAGCGAGACAGCCAGCUUCCGAUAGAACCUUGGUGUGGCCAAUAUCGUCGGUUUCGUCGAAUUCGUCGAGCAGUCAUUCGGGCUCGACGCAUCACACAGGAUUGUCGCGGAGAUCCUCUCCGAGAUCGUCGGUCAACUAUCGACACACCGCGCCAUAUCUCAUCUAUGGGGAAAACAACAAGCUCGACAUGUACUGA